CUUCCACCACUCCACGACCUCCGCGACACACCCUCGUUUGAUCUCCAUCAUCUGAACCCCCAAAUUCAUCGUCCAUUGGCAUCUCCAACAACCGCAACCAUGCAGCGCGCUUUCACAUCCGCCCCGAGGGCAAUGGCCCGCUCAUCAUCGAGAAUAACUCCCGGCUCGCUCGUACAGCAACGAUUCGCACACAAGGAGUUGAAGUUUGGUGUCGAGGCCAGAGCUGCUCUUCUCACCGGUGUCGAGACCCUCGCAAGAGCUGUUGCCACAACAUUGGGACCAAAGGGCAGAAAUGUCUUGAUCGAGUCAAGCUACGGCUCGCCAAAGAUCACCAAGGACGGUGUGACUGUUGCCAAAGCCAUCACCCUCAAGGACAAGUUCGAGAACCUCGGCGCCCGGUUACUCCAGGAUGUCGCCAGCAAGACCAACGAAGUUGCUGGUGACGGUACCACCACCGCCACCGUCCUCGCCAAUGCCAUCUUCUCCGAGACCGUCAAGAACGUCGCCGCCGGCUGCAACCCAAUGGAUCUCCGCAGAGGCACCCAGGCUGCGGUCGAAGCCGUCAUCGAGUACCUCCAAGCCAACAAGCGCGACAUUACCACAUCCGCCGAGAUCAGCCAGGUCGCAACCAUUUCCGCCAACGGCGACACACACAUCGGUGCGCUUCUCGCCAGCGCGAUGGAGAAGGUCGGAAAAGAGGGUGUCAUCACCGUCAAGGAGGGCAAGACCAUUACCGAUGAGCUCGAGGUCACUGAGGGUAUGAAGUUCGACCGUGGUUUCAUCUCUCCAUACUUCAUCACCGACACCAAGACACAAAAGGUCGAGUUCGAGAAGCCUUUGAUCCUCCUCUCCGAGAAGAAGAUCUCCGCUGUGCAGGACAUUGUUCCAGCUCUCGAGGCUUCCCAGCAGCUCCGCCGUCCUCUUGUUAUCAUCGCCGAGGACAUUGACGGUGAGGCUCUUGCUGUCUGCAUUCUCAACAAGCUCCGUGGUCAGCUUCAAGUCGCCGCCGUCAAGGCUCCCGGCUUCGGUGACAACCGCAAGAGCAUUCUCGGCGAUAUCGCCGUCCUUACCUCCGGAACCGUCUUCACCGACGAGCUCGACAUCAAGCUCGAAAAGGCUACCCCAGACAUGCUAGGCUCCACUGGCUCCAUCACAAUUACCAAGGAGGACACUGUCAUCCUCAACGGUGAGGGAACCAAGGACAUGGUCAGCAACCGCUGCGAGCAGAUCCGCGGCGUCAUCGCCGAUCCAACCACCUCGGACUACGAGAAGGAGAAGCUCCAAGAGCGUCUUGCCAAGCUCUCCGGUGGUGUUGCCGUCAUCAAGGUCGGCGGUGCCUCCGAGAUCGAGGUUGGCGAGAAGAAGGACCGCAUGGUCGACGCUCUCAAUGCCACCCGCGCCGCUGUCGAGGAGGGUAUCCUCCCAGGUGGUGGCACUGCUCUCCUCAAGGCCGCCGCCAACGCUCUCAACAACGUCAAGACCGCCAACUUCGACCAGCAGCUCGGCGUGUCCAUCGUCAAGAAUGCCAUUACCCGCCCUGCACGCAUGAUUGUCGAGAACGCUGGUACCGAGGGUUCCGUCGUUGUCGGCAAGCUCAUGGAUGAGUUCGCUUCCGACUUCAACAAGGGUUUCGACAGCCAGAAGGGCGAGUAUACUGAUAUGAUUGCUGCGGGUAUCCUUGAUCCUUUCAAGGUCGUGCGCACUGGUUUGACUGAUGCGUCCGGUGUUGCAUCCCUGCUCGGAACAACCGAGGUUGCCAUCGUCGAGGCUGCGGAAGAGAAGGGCGGUGCGCCAGGCGGCGGUAUGGGUGGUAUGGGCGGUAUGGGAGGCAUGGGCGGCAUGGGCUUCUAA